AUGUUGUUGUUUGACUCAUUGGUGGAACGCGUGUCCGCACAGGUGUCCGCACAGUUGGGUCCCGACGUUAAGCCAGUGGUCGGCGCUGCGGGCGAUACUGUCGCCACAGCAGCGGGUGAUAGUGUGGCACAAACUGCUGGCCAAUCAGUGGUCACGCAGUCGGACACCGAUGUGUCCGCCACUGACGAGGCGCUGAUCGAUGUUAAGCCGCUGAUAACGGAUCCGAGUCUUCAGUCAUUGGCCGCCACUUUAAGCACUCAAACCGAAGACACAGAUAGUGGCGAACCAGUGAUGGCUAAUAUAGCGGCGCCACUGAUUGGGAACAAUACAGUUAACCACAAUAGAGAUGAGCAGUCAUGUGAUGGCACAACACCUAUGGAUGCCAUCAUUUCAAACACCGAUAGCCAGACAAUCACUAGUCAUAAUGACACAAUUACUGUCGAGGAAGUGGUUAUUGGCGAAGAUAACGGCGUAAACAGUGGCCAAGAGUUUAGCGCACCGGCAGUGGACUCGGCGGACAGUGACUCGACAAUCAUCAUCUCUGACCACAAUGGCGAAGAAGUGGCCAAAGAGUCGGUUCCGGCAGCGAUCGGUUUGAAAAGGGGCCGACACUCAGUGGGCGGACACUUCCGGCGCCGCCACAAGCCUUUACGGGAAUAUCGCGGCGACGACUCCAACGCUUCGGACACUACUGGCCAUUCCGGCGUCGAUAGUGGCCAUCCGUUCGCGCCAUUUGACGGCUCACUGCGAGACGUGUCUAAACGCAUGGCAUCUAAAACUACUGGUCAUUCAACAACUGGCCGCCGAUCGGCGGCGACGUCCAUCACCGGCGCGCCGGACACCAGCCGUUCCCGGAGUUUGACGCCACGCGAUGGCUAUGAAAGCCAGCACUCAGUGCCGCCGCAGAGCCUAUUGACUGUACCACUGGUGUCGCCCUUUCCUGUGCUCUCAUCGGCUAAUACUCAUCACAGCUUUUCCAGCGCUACGGCCGGGGAAUCGCCGGCCACUACAUCAUCGACGGCCACGACCUCUAAGACAACGACCAACGCGUCGGCGCAUACCGUGGCCUACAGUGAGAAGCGAUACAAAUGCGACAAAUGUUUGCAAACCUACGGCCGCGAGCGUCACCUCAAACGGCACCAGAAGUCACAACACGGCGUACGCGAGCCCUACCGGUGCUAUGGGAACGGCUGCGAACGCCGGUACCCCACAGAGUCCAGACUGGCGGCACAUAUACGGGACAAACAUCGCGACCGUCACUAC